UGUCGGCACUUGCAGUGUGCAACAAGUCUAUUAAUUUGCCACAUAGUUUUUAUACAACAGUUUUUAUAAUAUUCUUUUUAAUUUUAACCAAGCAUAAAGUGCAUAACCAACAGUUAAUAAUAAGUUUAUAAAAGUAUCUGCGAACAAAAAGCUGUGUAAUGUCGGCAACGAGAUUUCUGAGUGCAAUCGGCCAAAUUUCGAGACAGCAAUUGCUGCAGAACAGAUGCGCUAGAGCAUAUCCUGCUGCUGCACAACUCCAGCGUCGUCUAAUGUCCACAAAUCCAGCGCCGAAGCUCGCCCCGGCUGCCGAAGGCGUCAACAAACACCUGCACACCAAAGUGGUCAAUGGGGUGCUGGUCAUUAAGUUUGACUCGCCCAAUGCCAAGGUCAACUCGCUGGGCAGGGAGGUAAGCGAUGAGUUCGAACGUGUGAUUAAGGAUCUGGAGACCAACCCCUCGGUCAACUCGGCGGUGCUUAUUUCGGGAAAGCCGGGCUGCUUUGUGGCUGGCGCCGAUAUUGGCAUGCUGGAGGCAUGUCAGACAGCCGACGAAGCGGCCCUCAUCUCGCACGGUGCUCAGCUGAUGUUCGAGCGCAUGGAGCGCAGCCGCAAGCCCAUUGUGGCCGCCAUCAGCGGUGUCUGCCUUGGCGGAGGCUUGGAGCUAGCGCUGGCCUGUCACUAUCGCAUUGCCACCAAGGAUAACAAGACGAAGCUGGGUGCGCCGGAGGUUAUGCUGGGUCUGCUGCCUGGCGGCGGCGGCACUGUGCGUCUCCCGAAGCUGACAUCAGUGCCCACCGCGUUGGACCUGGAGCUGACAGGCAAGCAGGUGCGUGCUGAUCGGGCCAAGCGCUUGGGCAUUGUCGAUUUGCUGGUCGAUCCCAUUGGACCUGGCCUACAGCCCGCGGAACAAAACACCAUGGAGUAUCUGGAGAAAACUGCUGUGCAAGUGGCCAACGAUUUGGCCAGCGGUAAACUGCGCAUCAACCGCGAGAAAACGGGCUUGGCCAAUAAGCUGCAAGCACUCGUAAUGGACACAGAUUUUGUUAAGAACAAAAUCUUUGAUACAGCGCGCAAACAAGUGAUGAAGGCCACUGGUGGUCUCUAUCCUGCGCCCCUCAAGAUCCUUGAAGUGAUUCGCGCUGGUGUGGACAAGGGCGCCGAGGCUGGCUACGAGGCGGAGCGCAAAGGCUUCGGUGAGCUCUCGGCCACACCCGAAUCAAAGGGCCUCAUCGCACUUUUCCGUGGCCAGACCGAGUGCAAGAAGAAUCGCUUCGGUAAGCCCCAGCGUCCUGUGAAGACUGUGGGCGUGCUAGGGGCUGGUUUAAUGGGCGCCGGCAUUGUGCAGGUCUCCGUAGACAAGGGCUACAACGUUGUCAUGAAAGAUGCCACCGACGCGGGCCUAGCACGCGGCAUAGGUCAAGUUCAGAAGGGCCUGGAAACGGCUAUUAAGCGCAAGCGCAUAUCGGCACUGGAACGCGAUCAGACGCUCGCAAAUUUGCUGCCCACGCUAAACUACAACGACUUCAAGACAGCCGACAUUGUGAUUGAGGCUGUUUUUGAGAAUAUAGAGAUUAAGCAUCGUGUGAUCAAGGAGCUGGAGGCUGUGGUGCCAGAGCAUUGCAUCAUCGCCACCAAUACCAGCGCCAUUCCCAUAACAAAGAUUGCAGCUGGCAGUUCGCGUCCCGAGAAAGUGGUGGGCAUGCAUUACUUCUCGCCCGUGGACAAAAUGCAGCUGCUGGAGAUCAUCACGCAUCCAGGCACCUCCAAGGACACGGUUGCCCAGGCUGUGGCUGUUGGUCUCAAGCAGGGCAAAGUAGUGAUCACUGUGGGCGAUGGUCCUGGCUUCUAUACGACGCGCAUUCUGGCUACCAUGUUGUCCGAGGCUAUUAGACUGCUGCAAGAGGGCGUGGAUGCCAAGGAGUUGGAUCAGUACACCAAGAAGUUUGGUUUCCCAGUAGGCGCUGCCACACUGGCUGAUGAGGUGGGCAUUGAUGUGGGCUCCCACAUUGCCGUGGAUUUGGCCAAAUCGUUCGGGGACCGCUUCAGUGGCGGCAAUCUGGAGGUCAUGCAAGAUCUAGUUUUGGCCGGUUUCCUGGGCCGCAAAUCUGGCAAGGGCAUUUUCUUGUAUGAUGGCAAGAGCAAGGGAAGCCGUCCAGUGAAUACUGAUGCUUUAGAGAUUGUUAAGCAAAAGUAUUCGCUGGUGUCCAAGGGUGCCAAUUCACCUGACGAUCUGACACUGCGCAUGGUGUCCCGCUUUGUUAACGAGGCAGUUCUGUGCCUGGAGGAGAAGAUUCUAGACAGCCCAUUGGAGGGUGAUGUGGGAGCCGUAUUUGGACUGGGCUUCCCACCAUUCACAGGCGGCCCCUUCCGCUGGGUUGACCAGUACGGUGCUGGGAAGUUGGUCAGCAAAAUGCAGUCCUACGCCGAUCUGUAUGGCGCACCAUUCAAGCCAGCCCAAACACUGCUCGAUAUGGCCAAGGAUCCAUCAAAGAAAUUCUAUCCCAAGACUGGCGCUUCAAAGUUGUAAACGACAACAAUAAACGAAAUAUAGCUUUAAAGUGAAUUUGUAGCCUUAUAUCUUAUGCAUUUCUCUAACAAAAUACUUUGGAGUAGUCCCCACUGCCCCCGCUCCCCGCUCUUUGAUGAAUUGUUGAAGUUUUCAGCUUUAUAAUAAACUAUAUCAUGUAAUAUUUUCAUA